AUGGAGCUGCGUGUGGGGAACAAGUACCGCCUUGGAAGGAAGAUCGGGAGUGGGUCCUUCGGAGACAUCUACCUGGGUGCCAAUAUUGCCUCUGGUGAAGAAGUUGCCAUCAAGCUCGAGUGUGUGAAAACGAAGCACCCACAGCUGCACAUCGAGAGCAAGUUCUACAAGAUGAUGCAGGGAGGAGUGGGAAUCCCGUCCAUCAAGUGGUGUGGAGCGGAGGGGGACUACAAUGUGAUGGUCAUGGAGCUGCUAGGGCCCAGCCUCGAGGACCUCUUCAACUUCUGCUCCCGCAAGUUCAGCCUCAAGACGGUGCUGCUCCUGGCGGACCAGAUGAUCAGCCGCAUCGAGUACAUCCACUCCAAGAACUUCAUACACCGGGACGUCAAACCUGACAACUUCCUCAUGGGGUUGGGGAAGAAGGGCAACCUGGUGUACAUCAUCGACUUCGGCCUGGCCAAGAAGUACCGGGACGCCCGCACGCACCAGCACAUCCCCUACCGGGAAAACAAGAACUUGACCGGCACUGCCCGCUACGCCUCCAUCAACACCCACCUGGGCAUCGAGCAAAGCCGUCGAGAUGACCUGGAGAGUCUGGGCUACGUGCUCAUGUACUUCAACCUGGGCUCCCUGCCCUGGCAGGGCCUCAAAGCGGCCACCAAGCGCCAGAAGUACGAGCGCAUCAGUGAGAAGAAGAUGUCGACACCCAUCGAGGUCCUCUGCAAAGGCUACCCCUCCGAGUUCUCCACAUACCUCAACUUCUGCCGCUCCCUGCGGUUUGACGACAAGCCCGACUACUCGUACCUGCGCCAGCUCUUCCGCAACCUCUUCCACCGGCAGGGCUUCUCCUACGACUACGUCUUCGACUGGAACAUGCUCAAAUUCGGGGCUUCCUCGAGCCAGGCUCAGCCCCGUGACAACGAAGCCAUUGCGCUGCCCUGUCCCUGUCCCUGUCCCUGUGCCGGGCCCACGUACUCACCCUCAUACUGGUGCCCGGCGUCCCUGGGCACCCAGGGCCCUCCAGAUAGGCCUGUGGAGGAGGUGGAGGAGCUGCCCCCCCAAAACUACUGGCCUGUGGUCUGGACUCCGGGGCCCCAGUUCUGACGUCACCAGAUGUGUCUGAGCCCAUCGGGGCCAGGCCUGAGGAGGUGUCCCUUGGCAUGGUGGGGUGCAGUGGAGAGGGAGUGGUGAAGGCCCUGCCGUGAGAUUCUUGGGGAUCCAUCAGCUGCCUCAUGAACGGAGCCUGAAGAAGGGAUGAUGUUCACUGCCCUGGAGGGCCUGGUGGGAAUGGGCACCAAGAAUGGCCUCGGCAAGACCCCGACGGUGGCCUCUGUAUUGAACCUGAGCUCGUUAUCGCCCCCACCUGUACUGCGCCUCAUGCUGUUGUGCUUCUCCUUCCAUGGCGGACACCAGAUGCCCAGGACCUGAGGGCGGCUUCUGGACGCAGGGCUCAGCACCUGGGCUCGCGGCCCUCUUCUCUUUGGGGCUUGGGUGGGGACUUGGUACUGUACCCGAAGGAGUCUGACAGAGAUGGGGCGGAGAGCUACGGUCCCACAGGCCAGGGGACUCGGGUGGGGGUAGGCGAUGGGCAGUGGGGCACCUUCUGGCCCAGACCUCCUAGCUGGGAGUGUGGCCGAGGGCCAGGGGCCGGCUCUUCUCGCCCAAAGGGUGUUCAUUGCUCAAGGCAUCUGGACGCUGGGCACUGCCCCCAUCUGUGUGGAAAGUCAUCCCUGGGUCGGCUUCAGGGAUGGGCUUGGCCCUUCCUCGCAGUAUAGCUCCGAGAACGGGUUUUACGUUGUCUUGAGGCUUGCGCCAUGCAAUAUGGUAGCUGGUGGCUACGUGUGUCUAAUUUUUAAUUAACUAAAAUUAACCAAAACUGAAAACGUAGCUCCGCAGUCAAAUUUGCUGCGUUUCAAGUUGUCUGGAGCCGCACGUGGCUGGUGAGUGGCUAUCAGAUCCAACAAGGCAGAUGUGAACAUUUCCGUCAUCACAGAAAGUUCUGUGGGGCAGUGCUGCUCUAGAUGGCUCCUUACAGAACCUCUCAUGGGACCAUCCAACUGACAAGAUCUCCUCUCAAGCCCAGCCAGGAGCACCCUCCCCGCCCACUGCUGGCACUUCGACCCCUCCCCGGGGUCCCCUUCGAGGCAGGCUCUGGAGUCAGGAGCCAAACAGAGGUGGCCACAGCCUUAUUCUGCACCAGUCUCUGACUUGGGGGCCUGGAUUUGAUCGCUGGGCACCUUUGAGCCCAUCACCCCAUGGUGAACUCCACUUGAUCUCCAGGGGCCCGUUGGAAGAAGCAUCUGCAGACACGCAGUGGGGACCUUCCAUGCCAUCGUCCCAAGGCCAGGCCCCGGUGCACUUACCAGCACCUACCUACAGACCAGACACCAUGCUGGGCACCCAGGCCUACAGACUCCUGGGGGAAGGAUCCCACCCCUGACUGCGAGCGGCUCUCCCUGAAGUAGCCACCCCAUUCAGCAUCACGGCCCCAGGACCUCUGGCCCCCUGGAGCCUGGGCCGUUGCAGUCAGCACACGGAGGCACUGUUUUCCAAGGUCCAACCAGCAAGCCCGGAGGAUACUCAGUGUAGCCAAGGACAGGGGUCUGCACUAUAGGGCUGGGUGAUUGUGUGACUUUGAUGUUGACUUUCUGUGUUUCCUGUGGGCAAAUAAAAGCCAAGAAACCUC